UCUAUCAUAAAUAUUUGUUUAUGUCGCAGAUAGUAAUACAUAAGAAUGGGUUACGACAUAAAUAAAACAUCGAGCUCAUUAAUUGGCUUAAAGUUAUUUCUCGAAACAACGAACAACCGGCACCGGAAGGGUUUGAAAAUGAUAAUUUAAACAGCAUCAUGAAUCGCUCCAAAGACGAAUGGUCUCCAUAUGCAGUGGAAUAUAAUCCUCUUCAAAUAGGUAGUAUAGAUGGUACCGAUGCAGAUGUUCAUGAUAAUGGUAUAACAAGGGCAUUGAAUGCUAAAUACAAACCAAAUAAAAAAGUUAUUGGUGAUCCACUAUGUACUUUAUUUAUAGCCAGACUAAAUCCACAAACAGAUGAAGACACCAUUAUGAAAACAUUUAAAAGAUAUGGACCAAUCAGACAGUGUCGUUUAGUUAGAGAUAUAGUGACUGGAUUCUCAAAGUGUUACGCUUUUUUAGAAUUUGAUGAUGAAGAUGCGGCAAAUUCAGCAUUACGCUGCUCAUCUAAUCUGGUUAUUGAUGAGCAUGAGGUAUUCGUUGACAUGGAAUGUGAAAGAGUAUUAAAAGGAUGGGUUCCACGUAGGUUAGGGGGUGGAUUUGGGGGUAAAAAGGAAUCAGGGCAAUUGAGAUUCGGGUGUAAAGACAGACCUUUUCGUAAACCUUAUACAAUGGAACAAAAUGAUUCCCGUUUUAAUUUUAAUAAUAGAGAAAAAUAUAAUCAAGGUAAAAAAGUUGAUUUUGGUUUUGGAUCAGACUUCAGAAGAACAGGUAAUGCUAAUAGAAAUUUGGAUAGAAACUGGACUCCUGAUAACAAUAGCAGACACAGAGGAAGUGGUAGAAGUACUGAACGAUACCGACGCUGACAAAUUACUAAGCCGUAAAUCAAUUUAAAAAAAAAAAGAAGUAACCUACCGGUAGAUGGUAUCAUCAGCACAAGUUCAUACCUCAUUAGACUUUUCAAAAGAAGAAUAAUUGUAAGCUCUCUUUUAUUAAAGGCUCAAUGCGAAAUUUUACUUUUAUAGAAUCACUUACAAACUACAAGACUGUGAAAGUUUAAUCACUAAUAGGAUUACAGUCCUCUUUUCAGUAUAGCUAAUUGAAAAUUCAAUCCCUCUAAUGUACGUCAUCUGAUGGGACUGUUAUAAAUCCAUUUGAAUCCA